CUACAGCCUACAGAAAAUUAGAGUCCAUUAACAUCUUAAAUUCAUUACUUUUUCUUUGUGGGGGUUUUCAAGAAUUGUGUAGAGAGAAGGAGAGACCCAAUUAAUCUCUCCUCUCUCAAUUUUUUGUGUUUGUUUCAAAUUAUUAUUAUUUUUUUUAAAUUAUUUUUUUGUGUUUUAAAUGGCAAAAGAAAAAGAUGAAUUUUGGGAUGGUGUUAUAGAAGGUAUGCCUUUAUUUGCUAAAGAACUUAUAGCUGGUGGUGUUGCUGGUGGCUUUGCUAAAUCUGCUGUUGCCCCUUUUGAACGUAUCAAGAUCUUGUUUCAGACCAGACAAACUGAAUUUCGGAGUUUGGGGCUGUUAGGAUCCUUUACAAAGAUUGCCAAGACAGAAGGACCUCUUGGGUUUUUCAGGGGAAAUGGAGCUAGUGUUGCUCGCAUUGUCCCUUAUGCAGCACUGCACUACAUGGCCUAUGAAGAGUACCGCCGUUGGAUUAUAGAUGGAAUUCCCGGAGUUGGGAAGGGUCCCACUCUCGAUCUCGUAGCAGGAUCAUUUGCUGGUGGGACAGCUGUGCUUUUUACUUAUCCACUUGAUUUAGUUCGAACUAAAUUGGCUUACCAGGUAGUUGGAUCCCAAAAGUUGAAUAUACAAGGGCUUGUUGCUGGUGAACAAGUUUACAAAGGAAUAAAGGAUUGUUUUUCAAAGACAUACAAGGAGGCUGGAAUAAAAGGCCUAUACCGUGGAGUUGCUCCAUCACUCUAUGGAAUCUUUCCAUAUGCCGGGCUGAAAUUUUACUUCUAUGAGAAAAUGAAGAGCCAUGUCCCCCAGGAGCGCAAGAAGGACAUCACCGUAAAACUAGCAUGUGGAUCUGUUGCAGGGCUUCUAGGUCAAACUUUUACUUAUCCUCUAGAUGUUGUCAGGCGGCAAAUGCAGGUCCAGCGACUCUCAGCAUCUAACAGCCACGAAAUGAAAGGAACAGUUGAUACUCUUGUUAUGAUUGUCCGGACACAUGGAUGGAAACAACUAUUUUCCGGGCUUAGCCUCAACUAUCUGAAGGUGGUACCAUCCGUUGCAAUCGGGUUUACUGUUUACGAUUUGAUGAAAGCAUAUCUGAGAGUACCAUCACGAGAUGAUGCUGUUGUAGAAGUUGUCGCUAGUAGCAGAAAUAGUCAACCAUCCUCCCUGCACUCUUAACAAUCUUCUUCAGGCUCAGAGAUUGUCAAGUUCGAUUACGGGAAACUGGCCAUCUUGAGAGCUGCUAAAGUUUGUAAAUUUCCAUUCUUUAACAUAGGCAUAAUUCUUCUUUACAAUAAGUUGUCUACUCAGCAAGCAAUCAGAUGAUAAUGCCUAAUCCCAAAUUAGUUGGGGUUGGCUAUAAAUCCUCUGUAUUAAUUCAUCUGUAUAUGAGGUUACGCUGCAAAAAUGUAUAUUAAGAAAAACUUGAUGUAAACUAAUGCCUCAUUCUGGCAUCUUAUACAUUGAUUGACAAGUUUAAUGA